AUGGAGCUGAGACCUGACACCAGCCACAAGGAGAAUGUGCCCCCCAGGCCGGCCACCCCCCUGAGGCCAGAGCAGUGGAGACUCCGGAAGAGCCUGGCCAGUAGACAUGGCCGGUGGGUGCCCGUGGGCCAGGCCGAGAGCAGGGGGCCUGCCACCACACCAUCCCCGGGGGCAGCGCUGUGCCAGGAGCCCUGCCGAGUCCAGAGCAACCUGACCAGCCCCAGCCUGGGCCUCGCCCUGAGGGACACGACUGGCCAGCUGACCAACUCAAGCUUCCGGCAGCAGAGCAACUUGCAGCCCCUGGCCGGGAGGCCCCAGGGGAGAGCCCAGGCGUUUGCCAUCCAGCAGAGCAACCUGAGCGUCAGGGAGACCAGCGUGGCUGAGUGGGGACGUCGUCACCCCUGGUCGGGGGCUCAGGAAAGCUUCUGGCCGCACAGGAUGCCCGGGGGAAGCCCCCUACCCCGAGGGCCACUGGCUUCCCCAGCCUCCCGCCCGAGGUGGUCCCGGCUGCUGUGCACCAAUACCCCCUGCCCAGACACUGGGCCCGCUGCAGGCCUGGGCCCGCUCGAAGGGCACACACGGCCGGACCCCAGAUCCCAGUGUGGCCUGGGGGGCUGGACCUCCAGGCUCGUGGGGGAACCCCUCACCCUGGAGGAUCUGGCUGUCCCUGCCCAGAGCCGGGCUCGGGCUCCGUCCCAAGCUGCCCUUCACCAGCUGCUGGCCUCCGUGCAACGCCUGGAGCGUGAGGCAGUCCGUCUCAGGUGCCAAGCAUCCCGGGAACCCUCAGGCCCUGUGCGGCAAGAGCCCUGGACCAGAGCUGGCCAGAUACUCCCUGCUCACCCCCAGCCCAGCCAGCCUGUUCUUGCUUCCUGGGAUGACAGGAGGAAACAUUCCCAAGGUUUCAGGGAAACUGCAGGUUUCCCAGAAGCACCGGGGGUCCAGGAUGGUCUCUCAGACUCUCAGGCAAGCAGCAAGCCUGCAUCACUGGAGACUAUUGGAGAUGCUGCCCGGGUUGCCCUUGACCCUGGGCAGGGGGUCCUUCCUGCCCACCCUGUAAGGCGAGGAGAGACGUGCUCCCCAGGGACUACAUACGGCAGGGGACAGAGGGAGGACCCCCUGCUCCCUCAAGGGGCGGGCAGCAGGGAGGCCAGACUCUGCUCUUCAGCCUCGUCCAGUUCAGCCCGGGGCAUCCUCGCUGGGCGGGAAGGAGGGGACAGGACCCCACGGGAGCAGGUCGGCAGGGAAGAAGAGAGGCCGGCUUCCCGUCCGCCAGACACGGCCCCCGCGAGGAGUGCCCUGCAGAACGAAGCCGGAAACACUGUGAGCCUGGAGUCUGAGAUAGGCCGCCGGCAGUGGCUGUCCAGAUGUUUCAGAGCGUGGCGGCACUGGGUGCAGAGGCGGCGGGCAGUGGCAGCGGCCAUGGCGCUGGGCCGCCGGCAGCUGUUGCGCGGGGGCCCACGGGCGCCGCGGUGGACACUGUUGCUCCAGGAGGCCCAGCUGGAGGCGGCGUGGGGACGACACACGCAGGCCCUGCUGGCGUGGACCUUCCAAAAGUGGAGAAACUUGAUUCAGCAGCAGAAACAAGGGCAGCUUCACAUCCAGGCUGAGCCAGGACCCCCAUCCUCCAGGGGAGGCCAGGACCGAGUCCCCUCAGGAGGGAAGCCGGUGGUGGACACUGCCUGGAGAAGCAGUCCAAGUAGUCGGAGGGAGGAGGUGGGAGCCCAGCCGAUUCCGUUGUGUUCUGGGCCGAGGCCAGAUGGAGGAGACAGGGGAGUCCAGAUCCUGCAGGCUCUGCAACAGCUGGCUGCCUUCCUCCUGUGGUGCCAUCAGAAGGAAUGGGCCAGGCAGGAGAAGGGGGUCCAGGGAGAGGCCUCCGGGGCCAUGCUGAGGACUCAGAGGAUGGAGAGGCCCCCCCAGGCCUGGUGCUCUCCUGCUGCAGAUGCAGCCUGGGUGUCCCCACUGGACACCCAGUGCCAGAGGGCCUGGCUCUGCAGCUCCUUCUUCGAGGGCGUGCAGCAGCGUCACAGCCUGAGUGGUUGGCGCCUGGGGGGCGCGGGAUCCAGGCAGUGCCAGGACCACCUUGGCCCCAGCGGUUCUGGGCGGCGUCCUGGGUUGGGAGGCCCUGCCGGGCCGCAGGACACCCCGCAGCUCCCUGGAGAAGGCCAGGGGCAGAGGGCUUCCCAGGCCCCCGCCCUCCUGGAGGCGUUCCGGGUGAGCUUUCUGUGGGCAGCUGGGCAGCGGCAGCAGGUGCGGGCCCAGCAGUCCUGGGGCAUGGCAAGGUGGCACCAGUGCACCCUUCAGAGGCGCAUCCUCCUUGGCUGGAGCCACUGGGCAACAGCCCAGGGGGCCAGGAGAGAGCUGGCUGCCCGCCGGGCCUGGGAUCAGAGCUGCAGGGCCGCGCUGGGCCUGUGGCGGCAGCGGCUGGUGCAGCAGCAGGAGACGGAACAGUGGGCCCGGGAGUGGGGCGGGUACAGCAGCGACGUGCACUGGGCCACUGGCACUGCUGGCAGAAGUGAUUGCGGGAAUUCUGUGAGACAAUCCACACAAAGUGCUUGGCUCAGAACCCAGCUCCUCGUGGGUGCUACCAUCAUCAUCACCAUCUUCAUCUUCAUCCUUGUCAUCCUCACCCGGCCUUCAGGAGUCACAGUGUCCUCAGAGCCCAGCACAGAAGGACAGCAGCUCUGGCGUGAAAAGUACCAGCGGUGUGUGCGGGCCCGCCUCCAGGGCCUGCACAGGGCCGUGUUCCGGGGCUGGCAGGAGGCAGCAGCUCGUCAGAGACCCACGGCGGCCGGUCCAGAGCAGCUCCUACUGCAGAGCCACUUCCAGGCCUGGUGUGGAGUAGUGAGAGACACAGGGAUGGCCCGGGCCAAGGGUCCAGCCUUCCAGGAUGGCCUGAGGAGAUGGGCACCAGGGGCCACAUUUGCCAGUGAAGCCCCAGAAGCUGCAGCCCGGCCUCGGGAGCAGCGCGUAGCCCGGGCCUCCUUCUCCUGCUGGAGAAGCCAAGAACAGGGACACCAGGUGGACAUCAAGCUGAGGAGGGCCCGGGCCCAGCAGGCAAGGCAAGUGGCCCCUAGCCAGUGCUCUGAGGCCCGCCAGCAGGCAGGAGAGAGAACCCAGGCCCAGGCCCUGUGCUGGAUGCUGUGGGCACGUGAGUCCUGCCUGCAGCGGGUCAGCCGAGACCAUGCUGCCCCGAAGCUGAGCGCCAGCGCAGUCGCUGGGGCUCGGGCCCUGGAGUCAGACCGCUCCCGAGAGGCCCACAGCUGCAGGCCACAGGCCACAGGGCCUGGCCUGCCCAGCCCAACCAAGCACCACAGCCCCAGUGGACAGCGGAAGCAGAGAGAAACGUCCCGGACUCAGAGUGACAGAGAGCCUCCCCUCCCAGCUGGGAGCCCUGCCUCCCAGCUCCAGCUGCAGGGGCCCAGAUGCGCCUGCUGGGCGCAGGGCCAGCGCCCUAUGGGGCCAGAAGGGGACCGCAGCUCUGAGACCAAAGACCUCAAGGGCAAAGGCGAGGCUAAGAAAAGGGGUCGUGAUGCCCUUGGCUGUCAGGACACACACCAGGGCCUCUCCCCUCAGGAGGAAGUACCUGCAGCGCUGGCGCCCUGAGGCACUGCUUCGCCGGCUCCGGGGUUCCCCGCAGGCCGCCCGGGCAGCUGCACGGCAGCGCUGGGUAGAUGCUCGGGGGACGGACAAGCUGGCGCCGACACUGAGCUGCAGCUCAGGCAGCGGCACCUGAGGCGGGCCUGGCGACUGUGGGCUCUACGGCUGCAGGUGUCUCAGCGAUUACAGCAACAAGACGACGGCUGGGUCCAUUCCCAGGCCUCUGAAACAUGGCACCAGCGCCUGGCAGCCAGGGGCCUGAGGAGCAGAGCCAGCAGCAGUGGGAGGCCGGGAAGCAGGCGGGAAGCUGCCAGAGCCCCUGUGCUUGGUGGACUUGGGGUGAAGCAGGGGGCCCAGCAGCAGCUGUGACUCGUUCCCCUGGAAAGGAAAACGGAUCGGAGCCCCACCCACCUGAGGAGUACAGGCUCAGGCACAAGGCGCUCAGGCCAAGAGCUCUGAAGGACAAUGAAACGCCCUCCUUAGCCCCAGCUGCUUCUCCCAGUCUCUCCUAAAGGCUGCCCCCUGCCCCACCCAGCCAGCCCCUCUGAC